CAUGGACUUUGGCCAGAGCAUCUGCAUCUGCCAUGCGCGCCUUCCCCUUCUUCUGCAAUGCAACUUCCGCAAUGUGCAGUCUGACCUGAUCUCACAAUAUCCUUAGCCUUCUCAUCCAUGGACCAGCAGUAGCACACUGCAUGCAUGACAUCUCCUUUGUCGCAGCCACUAGCAUUGUUGUAAUCCAUUCACCACACGCUUCGAGUCGCAACCUUUACCACAACCCCCGGCAACAUGGCCGAGUAUGGCUUCCUCAUGGCUGGCGGGCUGGCCACGCCUACCUCGAGUCACGUCCGCUCUGCUACGCCCUCACCCAACACGACUAGAUCAGAUUCUCCGACUCUAACCAAGGCCAAAUCUGCCUCGCAUUUGUCUACCAUGAAAACCUUCUCAACACCACCUCGAGGCCGCUCCAACUUCGACAACGAUUCCGAUUACCUCAACACCAUUCCCGACCCACGAACGCCGAGUCCAAACCCACAGCGUACAAGUCCAGCAGAAGACUCGCAAGACCAGCAUCCCGACCUUAGUAAUGAAGUUGCUAUGCUCAGCACAAAACUCAUCAACGCAAUCAAUUAUCAAACCAAUUUGGAUGAUUCGUUACAACACACUCGUCAUGAGCUGGAAGCUGCCAGACAGCGCAUAGCUCAGCUGGAGCAAGAGACACAAAAACACAAGGACAUGGUGUCGAGCGGUGCCCUCGUCAACAAGGCCGAGGUGGACUCUCUCAAACAAGAAUUGACAGAAUCGCAAAAGCAAAGAGAUAUCGCAGAGAAGGGCAGGAAGGAGAUGGAAGUCGAGCUCGAGGGUCUGACUAGUGCUUUGUUCGAGGAAGCCAAUACUAUGGUGGCCGCUGCACGCAAAGAUGCUGAAGCUGUCGAACGCAAAAACGCACAGCUAAGGGCACAACUCAACGACACAGAGCUUCUGUUGGCUUCGCAGCAAGAACAGCUCCAUGAUCUCAAAAACGUCAUGGAGAAGAUGACCGAGGACAGAGACCGAGAUCGCGACGAGACAGACACCUUGCCUCGUUCUUCGACCGCGCCAUCAACUCCUGGCGUAGACUCCUCCAAAAUGAGCACCAUGUUCGACUCCCUUCCCUUCUCACCGAAUGCUACAAACUUCGGCGACAUCCCUCCGGACCAGCCUCUCCGAUUCUCGCAUCUCAUUACUCCGGUCAUGCGUAACGAUGUGGUUGCUCACGUUGAGUUUGCAGAUUUGCUCAAGUCUGCCAGACCAGCCGCACACACCCAUUCACGCAACUCGUCGAGCAUUGGUUCAAGCGUAUUUGUUGCUUCCGCCUCUUCAUCUUCGCCUAACAUUCCUGGCUCUUUCAGUUCCGGUGCGGCAGCAUCACCACGCGAGACGUCGUUCCAAGCAUCGGUACCACCGCUGAAAGAUAGCAAAUUCUACAAGAGAUGUCUUGUCGAGGAUGUGGAACCCACAUUGCGUCUUGACCUAGCGCCAGGACUUUCAUGGCUUGCUCGACGUACAGUGAUUGGCGCCGUGACCGGAGGAACUCUGGUAGUGGAACCGUUCAUACCGCAAUCACGCUUUUAUGCGAACGCUUACGCUUGCGCGCUAUGUGGAGAAUCUCGCCGAACAGACGCGCAUGCUCGUCGCCAUCGCUUCCGUACUAGUGAAGACGAGAAUGCACAAAGAUACCCCUUGUGUGAAUUCUGCUUAGGUCGCGUCCGAGCGACAGGCGAUUUCUUAGGAUUUUUAAGAAUGGUCCGCGACGGACUCUGGAGAGCAGCUACCGAAGAAGACAUCAAGACUGCCUGGGAGGAGAGUGUGCGCUUGAGAGAGAAGAUGUUCUGGGCCAGACUGGGAGGUGGUGUGGUUCCGGCAAAUGCCAGAGAACCCAGCCCAACUGGAACACAGCGCCGUGGAGAUGGAAGAUCUUUGCGAAGAAACAGCACUGAAUCGAGUAUCCCGCGUUUCUCUAGAGACUCGGAAUCGGUGGAAAGCGUCCACUCAAAGGCCUUGGAAGUGCCGAAGCUGAACGAGCCGCGACCUCCGAGCCGCAACAAUAGCAGAUCGACUCAUAACCUUAGCGAAGGCAGCACGACUUCGCUUCAGACGUCGGAAAGUUCGGACACGAGAGAUUUUGCAGAUGCACAGAGCGAAGUGGAUCAUGCUCUACACACUCCGACCGGUCCAAUCAUCACCGAGGAGACGUCUGGUGAACCGGUCGAAUUGCAGACGUCGAGGCUAGGACAAGAAGAUGGAGCGAAAGAUAGCACUGAUAUGCCUGCGGAUACGACUCUACCUGCGCCAAAUGUGCAAAAAGAAAACCAAGCUCCUACAACAGAGACGGAAAAGGAGAACCAAGCUCCCGCAGUAGACGUGGAAACGGAGAAAGAGAACCACGCACUCGAAGAAAAGUCGAUGCAGCCAGAGAUGCCUGGAUCUUUCGAUUAAGGCAUUACACCCCCCUUUAUUGUUUGUAUACCCAUGGGAAAAAGAAACAGCCCCCCUUGCAUGACUUUGCAUGAGACACAAGGAAACCACACGAUACAAGUAUAUAUGUAACAAUCACUCGAGUCCAUGUGGAUUUGAACUUUGUGACCUUUUUCUCUCGCAUCCUCUCUGAUCUUCUUUCAUGCUUCGAUUGUGUUCGUGAAAAAGAAACGCCAUCUGAUGCAUUUGAUUUCUUGUUUGCUUGCUUGCUUGCUGGACUAUGCGCAUAUACGGCAGUAAAACACCACAUCACUCCCGCCUUCC